AUGGCUACCAUGAUUUGGAUGGGAAUUCUUUUAGUUUCACUUGCUUAUCUGUGGCUGUGGAGAGGCAAGAACAAGGCAAAGAAAUUACCACCUGGUCCCAAAGGGUUACCAAUUUUGGGAAGUCUUCACAAGUUGGGAGCAAAUCCUCAUCGUGAUUUGCAUCAACUAGCCCAAAAAUAUGGACCUAUCAUGUAUUUGCGCUUAGGUUUUGUGCCCGCCGUUGUUGUUUCUUCACCCCAAGCUGCUGAACUCUUCCUCAAAACCCAUGACCUUGUCUUUGCUAGUAGACCACCUCAUGAAGCUGCAAAGUACAUCUCUUGGGAGCAGAGAAACUUAAGCUUUGCUGAAUAUGGUUCCUACUGGCGCAACGUUCGCAAGAUGUGCACGCUGGAAUUGCUUAGCCAAACAAAAAUUAACUCCUUCAGAAGCAUGAGGGAAGAGGAGGUUGACCUAUUGGUCAAGCUCCUAAGAGAGGCAGCCAAUGAUGGAGAUGCUGUUGAUCUCAGUGCCAAAGUUUCAACACUCAGCGCAGACAUGGCUUGUAGAAUGGUUUUAGGGAAAAAGUACAUGGACCGGGACUUGAAUGAGAAAGGUUUCAAGGCUGUGAUGCAAGAGGGAAUGCACUUAGCAGCAACCCCUAACAUAGGAGAUUACAUUCCUUACGUUGGUGCACUUGACCUUCAAGGCUUAACCAAGCGCAUGAAAGUAGUUGCCAAAAUCUUCGAUGACUUCUUUGAGAAAAUUAUCGACGAGCACAUGCAAUCAGGGAAGGAAAGGAACAAGACCAAGGAUUUUGUAGAUGUCAUGUUGGGCUUUGUCGGUACCGAAGAAUCAGAAUACCGCAUUGAACGACCCCAUAUCAAAGCCAUCUUGCUGGAUAUGUUGGCUGGGUCGAUGGAUACUUCUGCUACAGCAAUUGAGUGGACACUCUCGGAGCUCCUGAAGAAUCCAAGGGUGAUGAAGAAACUCCAAAUGGAAUUGGAAACCGUGGUUGGUAUGAAGAGGAAGGUGGAGGAAUCAGACUUAGAGAAGUUGGAGUAUUUGGACAUGGUUAUAAAGGAAAGCAUGAGGCUUCAUCCAGUAGCACCGUUGCUAAUACCACACCAGUCCACAGAAGAUUGCAUGGUUGGAGAUUUUUUCAUACCUAAAAAGUCAAGGGUUAUAGUGAAUGCAUGGGCAAUUAUGAGAGAUCCAAGUGCAUGGAGAGAGGCAGAGAAGUUCUGGCCAGAGAGAUUUGAGGGAAGCAGCAUAGAUGUCAGAGGGCGUGAGUUCCAGCUGAUACCAUUUGGGUCUGGCAGAAGGGGAUGUCCAGGAAUACAAUUGGGUCUGACUGUGGUUCGUCAAACUGUCGCACAACUUGUGCAUUGUUUUGAUUGGAAACUACCAAAUGAGAUGUUGCCAGCUGAGUUGGACAUGGCAGAUGAGUUCGGCCUCACAAUGCCCAGAGCUACUCCUCUCCAUGCCAUUCCUACCUAUCGCCUUCCAAAUUAA